AUGUUGGUGACCUUACGUGAGGUGUUGGAGAAGAUACGGUAUGCCCAGCUAACGUUAAAAUCGUCAAAGUGCUCGUUCAGAGCCAGGCGUAUCCACUUCCUGGGUUUUAUCGUAGAGGACGGUGAGAAUCGGCCCGGUGACGCGAAGGAAUGUACAAUCAGUGAGUAUCCAGUUCCUAAGGAUGUCCAUAAGGUGAGGCGGUUCUUAGGCCUCACAGGGUUCUUCAGGCAAUUUGUGGAAAAAUAUGCUGUGGUGGCCGAGCCGUUGACUUGA